AUGCAAACUUCGAAUACAGAUAGUUCCUAAGAAGUUUUACCCCCUUUAGAUAUUCCGCCUAAAAGAUCUCGCUCGCAAACUCUUUUGAAUCUCCUCAACGACAAGAAUGACAUAGGAAUAUUGCUUCGAAAGGGAGGGGCUGACAUGAGACCUAUAAAUAUAAACGAGUUUUUUGGAUUCAACCUUGAAACAAGGAUUCGGCAGCUAGUCUCAGACUGUGUAGAGCCUUUGAAGCUGCAUCAUGAACAGACAAUAAACAGAGUCAAAGUCACUGAAGACAGAAUUAAGAAAAAUGCACAGUAAAUUAACGAAGUCGGUUUUAUAAUGCAAAAGACUCUGCAGAGAUCAUCUUCAUUGGAAGAGGUGCACCAAUAAAUACUAUUAAUGGAGAAUGAGAGAAAAGUUAGCGAAAGUAGUAUAAUAGCUGAGGUCAAUCAAAUCAGAUAGUUACUGAGAGAAACUCAUGAAAAAGUUAUUUCUAUUGAGGAGGUAAUUCGAUCGGAUAGAAGACUCCAUGAGAUGCUAAAAACAGAUAUGAAUCAUAUGAGGAACGAUAUCAACACAUUCAAAGACAAGACUUCAGAUGACUACAACAAAUUUAGGCUAGACUUUUAGAAUAAGCAGGAUAGGUUCUACUCUGAAGUUAGUAAAGUUACAGAAUAACUUUAAAUCAUUGGAAUAAAAUCAAAGAAUCAAGCUGAAGCAUUAACAAAGCAUGAGACAAUUAUUGAAACCUAUCGCAACAAUUUCCAGGAACUUUAUGAUACAGUGAAUGAUCUAAAUGAGAAAAAAAUGAGUAAGAAUACAUACGAGGCGGAACUAACACAAAUUAGAAGAGAUUUGAUUAACUUAAAGUUUAAGAAUGAAGACACUUAUCAAAGUCUGUAAAUGACUGAUAGCUAUAUUGAUAGGUAUUUGAGAGUAGAUAUCCUUAAUGAGAUAUUUGAGGUCAUAUUCUUGACUUCAAGUGACUCUGAACAAAUGGAGAAAAUGGUUGAAAUUGCGAAAACUAAGUACGAGGCUAUUUUCAAAAAGAUAAAGGAUGCUGAACAAGCAAUGAAACAACAAAAUGCAUCACCUGAGAGGAAGGGUCAGCCAAAACUGCUUAGUGUUGUUAAUAAAAUCAAAUAAGCCUAGAGUAUUGGACAACCUGUAUUUAUUGAAAGUUUCAAUAAAGUGGCUUACAAAGUGCCAACAUUUGAAAGGUCAGACUCAAAAGAUGGCGAACCUAUCUUAACGAUGAAGUAUGAUCGAUUUAAUGGAAUGAAGUAUAAUGAUGAUACAAUUUCUAGGUCUUUAACAGACCUAGAUAGCUUUAGGAGGAAAAUUAUUUAGGCUUAAAGAGCAUAUGCUUCUAUGGCUUCUCCUUUCAAGAAGCAAGCAUCAAGAAUUUCUGGCACUUCCAAUUAAGGAUUAAUUAAGACACUAGAUAAUUAAGACAGCAUUGAGGAGUAAUAUGAAGAUGUAGACGAUGAAGACUAAUCAGAAAACUGGAAAACAGAUUAGAGAUCAGAUACCAGAUCAAUGGGUAGUAUAAUGAUGUUUAAUCCUGAUAUUAUCACCUCUCCUAGAGCAGCGAUGAGAAACAGAAAGCUUAUUAAACGACCCACUGUGAAAAAGAUUAUUGUAAAUACAUAAUCAUCAGCGAACUCUAAAACAAUCAAUGAGCUCAAGGAGCAAACUUAAAUCAUCAGCAAUGAGCUAGUUAAGAAUGAAGGCAAACACAAACACCACUAAGAAAAAAUUUCAGUUCUUGAAGAUCUAGAUGACGAACUAAAAGAAAUAGUGAUAGAAUCACAGGAAUAAAUCAGUUAAUUAUUUGAGAAGAUCAGGGCUCUCGAGCAAUAAACAAACGAUCUAUAAGAGCAGACAUCAAAAGAAGAUACAAGAAUACUUUAAAUUACAGAAGAUUCUAUUAAACUAUAACAAACACAAGUUGAAAACAUGCAGAAGGAUUUGGAAGAGGAUCUCCGAAGAAGAAUUAGAGAAAAGAGCAACAUCGAUUUAGCUAUGAAAAAAUUUGAAUAUGACAUUAGUAAUUUAAUAGAAAAGGAAAAAAAGGGUGAAGAAGUUAUAGGAAUGAUGAUGGAAACCAUAAGAAUGAUCUUUUAAAAUUCUAGAAUAUUAACUUCUCUCAUCAAACAAGAUGAAAUAGAUAAGCAAUCAAUUCAACUGCUAGGGAUGAAAAUGAAUCCAGACAGUAAUUAGAAUAUAAACAGAUAAAAAUCUAAAAAGUCUGUUCCAAACGUAAACAGUUAAAUAACAGGUAUUUCAAUUGACAAUUCAGAUGAGCUUUAUGGUGGAAUGUCAUAGUAGUCAGCUCUAAAUCUACCAUCCAAGUCAGUGAUUUCAAUUGACAAGAAUUGCUUUUCUUGCAGUGGGUAAUAAAAUGUAGUAAUGAAUGCAUUUAAAAUGGCAUGUCUUUAGUAUCAGCCUUAAAGAGUUCUACUGGGAAGUGAAUCAUUUGAAAGAUUUGAUUUGAUAGAGCAAAGUGUUAGGAAUCUUGAAAAAAUGAAUUUCUCACCGUUUAUGCAAUCUAUCAAUCAGAUCUCAUUUGCCAAUCAGAAUAACACUUAUAUGCCUCUUUUAAAGGAUAAUCUUCUCAAUUUUAGUAAUCAGAACAUCAAGGAGCAAGAUUCAGUUUAGAUAGUUAAGCUUGAUAAAUGGACGACUUAAACAGACGAGGAUCAUUUUCAUUAAAAUUUGAACAGAAGCAAGUCUUCUACUCCUCAGAACAAUAUACAAGUAAUUUAGCGAAGUUCUAAUGAAUUGCCAAAUCUUCCUCCCAACUUGCAAAAAAUUAAACAAAAUAUGAACGAACAUAUAAGCAAUAGGAAUCUACCUGAAUUAAAGAAAGUAAAUGAAAGCUAUAAUAAAUCUUUAUUUAAGAGUUUAGCCUAGCCGAAAACUGCUAGAUAACUUUCUAGAAAUCUAGUCUUACCAAGCUUUACAAAUCUUCAUAGAGAUGGCAUUGCUACAGUUUCAGGUGAAGGUUCAUAGACAAGAUCAACAAAUCUGCUUUAGUAAUAUAAUAACUAUUCAUCAAUGACUCAAUAAAAGAAAAAAAGAAGAGAUUAAACUUAUAAUACCUCAGUCAAACUUGGAAACGAAACUAAAUCAUCUAGCAUCAAAACUCCUCCACCAAAUAACAGAAACUUGCAAUCAGCAGACACAAAUGCCUUCAACUCGAAUAACAUGUAGCAAGUCCCCAUAAUGCAAAAUGUAAUAAUGCAAAAAGCUCUUCAAAGAUAAAAAUAGGUGAAGAUCCCUGAAAUUAUUGCAAGUUCCACUCCUAUAUCUCUUCACAGACCAGACUCAAAUUAGAUUAAUUAAUGA